AUGAAAGAUAUGAUUCUUAUAUCGGCAUUAUUUGUUUCUAUUGGUGUAUGUAUAUAUGCAUUUGUUCGUCAACAUCAAACACAAGAAAAUAUGAAUGUAAUGUUACAGGAACUUGAAACAUUACAAAAAGCUGAAGGCAAUUUAUUAGCCGUAACUGAAAAAAAGCGCACCGAAGAAGAUGAAAUAAAAGAAAAUAAAAUUCAAAAAAUGAAUCAAAAUUUACUACAUAAAUGGUUUAUUGAAAUACAACGAAUUAAAGAACAAGCAGAUGUAUUUCGAGAACAUCGUGAUUCAAUUAUUGAUCAUGAAAAACAAUUAAGUCUUGCUUUACAAGAAAUUGAACAAUUACAAAUUGCAUUGCGUCAAGCAGAAGAACAUGCUCAACAACAAUCAUAUGAACCAUCAAAUGAAUUAAUUGAUUUACUUAAACGUACUUAUCAUAUUGAAGAAACAGCUUUUGAAGUUAAACGAAAAUUAACUGAAACUGCUUUAAUAACAGCUAAAGAACAAAUGAAUAAAAUUUCUAAAAUGCAAAAAGGUAUUUUUGGUGCUGUACGAAUUGCACAUACAAAUUGUAUAGAUACUGCUGGUGACUUAAUAAAUGUAGCAAAAGAACGUUUAACAGAAAUUCAUGAUGAAUAUGAAGAACGUGAACAACGUUGGAAUCGAAUUGCAGUAUUACUCAAUCAUGAUGAUUUAAACAAUUUAGGAUUAUCAACAUCUGCUGUAUAUCGUAGCAAAGAUUCUUCUCGUAUUCAUAACUAA